GGAGGAACUCUGCCGUAUCUGAGCUGAGACCUGGUCCACUGGAGUGGGGGGUCCUCUUAAUUGGGCCUGUCUGACUAAUGGGCCACAGGUGGAUUGUUCUGUGGGAAUGCUUGUGAGGAAUAAAUAGCCUACACCCCUGGUUGAGAAUGGACGCUGUUGCUGACACGUUUGCAAUGAUGGGAAGCAUUAUUGGAAACCUUCUAAACAUCGUUGGCAUGGAUACGGCUGCUCUCACUUCCUUCCCCUUUGGAAGAAUCAUUGUCUCAUCCGUUUGUGCAAUCUUUCUCCUGGCCAUCAUGCUCUUGUCACGCCGCCGCAGGAACCAAGGGGUGAUAGGAGCGGGCCGUGCGGUACUGAUAACGGGCUGUGACAGCGGAUUCGGUCAUCAUCUUGCCCGGGGGCUGGAUGCUCGGGGGUUUGUGGUCUUUGCCGGUUGUCUGUUUCCCAACGGAGACGGUGCCCAAACUCUGCACAGAGAGAGCUCCAUCAACAUGAACAUUCUCAAACUAGACGUCACUAAAAAUGAAGAUGUGACACAGGCAAGGACUGUCGUCCAAUCAAACCUGCCAGAGAAAGGGCUAUGGGCAGUUGUGAAUAAUGCUGGCAUCUCAGACUGGUCAGAGACGGAGUGGAACACCGUUGAUGAUUAUCGCAAUAUGGCUGAGGUCAACUUAUUUGGCAGCAUCAGGACCUCCAUUGCUUUCCUCCCAUUGGUUCGUGCCUCAAAAGGACGGAUGGUGUAUGUCUCAAGCAUCUUUGCGUUCAACUGUCUAACCAUGGGGGCCUACAGUAUGUCCAAGAGAGGACUGGAGGCGUUUGCAGACUGCUUACGGGUAGAGAUGGCCGGUUUUGGAGUAAAGGUGAGCAUCAUCCAGCCAGGUAACUUUGGUCCUGCUACCAACAUCCUGAGGAGGAGAACAGGGACAGAAAUCUGGGAGAAACUGGACGAGGAGCAUCAACAGAUGUUCAACAGACAGUAUGUGGACCUGGCCAAUGACUACCACAUGUCCACAUGUAUGGCUGGCAACCAGGACAGCAGCCUGGUCAUAGACGCUAUGGUGGACGCCCUCACAGCGGACAGACCUAAACGCAGGUACCUGUUGGUCUCUAAGCUGGAUAUGUUGUUCUUCUAUGCCUUUCCCUAUCUGCCGACAUGUGUCACUGAUGCAGUUUUCUACCUCAGUCCCAUGUACAACAAAAGAAAAGCAAUGCUUUAUUCCAAAUAGAGAAUACCUGUAUUAAGCUGGAGUGACAGUAGAAAAAGUGUAUGGCUUUGUGUUAUGUUCUAAUGUGCAAUAUUUUUACGUCACGCUUCUCACUUAUUUUGUGUUACACACUUGCAUGUGUCCCAAAUUCUUAGGCUUGUGUGCGGCUGCACGGCCAUGGAAACCUAUUUCAUGAAGCUCCUGACAAACAGUUAUUGUGCUG